AUGGCCACACCUCCAUGCGGCCAUUCGCACCUCCGAGAUGGAGUAGCGGCCCGGCAGGCGGUGGAGGAAGCCGAGGGCUGGGAGCUGUACGCCCGGGCCCGCCGUGCGCGACGGGGGAGGAGGAGGAAGCGGCGCGACGGGGAGGAGGCCAGGCGCCGCGCCGACGAGGAGCGGCACGAGGAGCAGCGGCGGCAGGAAUCUCGGCGCCGCGCGGAGGAGGAGCGGCGCCGUAAGGCCGGGCACCGCGCCGGCAGGAGAGGGAGCAGCGCCUCGGGGAGGAGGCGCCGCUCCGUGCGCCUCCGCUACCUCGGGGGAAGUAGAAGCGAAGUUAGGGAUACCUGGUGGUGGAACACUGAUGUCCAGAAGGCUAUUAAAGAGAAGAAAGAUUGUUUCAGACGCCUGUACCUGGAUAGGAGUGCAGACAACAUGGAGAAGUACAAGAUGGCAAAGAAGGCCGCAAAGCGAGCUGUGAGUGAAGCAAGGGGUCAGGCAUAUGAGGACCUUUACCAGCGGUUAGGCAUGAAGGAAGGCGAAAAGUACAUCUAUACGAUGGCCAAGAUCCGAGAGAGGAAGACGAGAGAUGUUGACCAAGUCAAAUGCAUCAAGGACGGAGCUGACCCGCUCCUCGUGAAGGACAAUGAGAUUAAACAUAGAUGGCGGGAGUACUUCAACGGGCUAUUUAAUGGGGAGACUGAGAGCUCUACCAUUGAACUGGACAACUCCUUUGAUGAUACCAGUAGGCGUUUUGUGCGGCGAAUCCAGGAGUCUGAGGUCAAGGAGGCAUUGAGAAGGAUGAAGGGAGGCAAGGCAAUGGGCCCUGAUUGUAUCCCCAUUGAGGUGUGGAGAGGCCUUGCAGACAUAGCGAUAGUAUGGCUAACUAAGCUCUUCACUCCAUUUUUCGGGCAAACAAGAUGCCAGAAGAAUGGAGAUGUAGUAUAUUAG